CACAGAAGAGUCAAAUGGGUGAUUCAUAGGUAGGUUUUCAUGACAUUCUUUGGAGCCAAAGAAAGAAAAUGAAAUAAACCAUUCAAAAAUAUAAAUAAAUAAAUAAAAACCCUUAUCUUUCUCUCUGCCUUUUGAUAAAAACAAAUGUGAGGCUCUGAUUCAAUAUUCUCUCAUUACAACACUUUCUAUUUCUCUCUUUCUUAGAACACUAGAAAAUAAAAAUAAUUAUAGUAAUGAUAAUAAUAAAGUCAUGUUGAAGAAGAAGAAGAGGGCAGAGCAGGUUGAAGAGAAAGUAGAUAAUAAUAAGAGAGAGGUUGAGAUUAUGAAAGCUGUGGCUCAAGCUUGGUACAACCAUGGUGGAAGCAGUAGACCCUUGAAUGAAUUUGAUGCAAGAAAGACCUACAGUUUUAGAGGCAGUUGGCCUUCGAGGUUCAAGCUUGAAGCCAUGAAGAAGAGGAACAAGAAUAAUGGUAGUAAUAUGUCAUCAUCAGCAGCACCUAAUAAUAUUAAUUAUUAUUAUAAUGAAACUUCUUCAUCACCAUCUUGGGAUUUUGGUCAGUCUCUUUGGGAUUCUUAUGAGAUUGUUACUGUCUCCAAAAGGUUAGAGACAGGGUUGGUUCUUGAUUCCUCAUUUUCUGAGAUAGAUAAUAAUAAUAACAAUAGUAGUGUUAAGAAGAGUAGAACUAAGGAAAGUAAGAAUAGUUUGAGAAAUUUGUUCAAUCAAAUGUCUUCUAGGAGAUUUGCUGAGCCUAAACAGAACAAUGGUUUGUGACAUUUGUUUUUUUUUUUUUUGUCUAUAUACUUUUUUUUUGUUGAUUGACCUGUUUUAGCCAAUGUGAAAGAUUAUUUCUUCCCAAUAUAAUAUACAUUUAUAUUUUCUUGCUUUUGUUCUCUUCUUUCCAAGAGAAAAGUUUGGUUUACUUUGUUGGUUGAACAUAGAUGAAAAACAUUAUCUUCUAGAACAAAAUAUAAAUGCUUUGGUGGCCAAAUUGAAAUUAAAUCACUAAAAAAAGGGCAUACAAAAACUGUACUUAUUUGUGCUUUUCUUACCUAGUUUAAACUAACACUAAUCAUUUUGUUUCCCCUAACGUACUUUAAUUACUUGCCUUGAUGGUGGAUAUAAUUACUGCUUUUAAGUUUUAAGUACUGCUUUUAGUGGCUUCUCUGCAGCAUUUGUAUCAAUACAAUCUAAUGACCUCUUUGAAUCGAUGAGUCAAGGAAUAUGGUACAAAAAAGUGGAGUAGACUGUACCAACAAACAUAGGAAUCUUCUUUUCCCACAUACAGUAAUACAAGGACCUAGUUAGUGGAUAUGGUAAAAAGGAAUGUUAUUAUUCUCAGUUACAAUAAUUUUGCAUCAUGAAAAGUUAUUCUUAUUCCCAUCAGAACUUUUGUUGGCUGGUUGGUUGUGUUGUGUACUCCUUCAGUUGCUACAUAUUUAUCACAUGGUAUAGUGGGAAUUUCAGAAUUUUAUUUUACAUUUAUGUCCCUCAUUCUAUGUAAUCCUUUAUUAUUUCUCAUAAUAAAUCUCACAGAAAGAUGAUUUAAGUUAAGUAAUGAUGUGCUGUUAUAUUAUUUGUAAUAAUUUGAUGUUUGAUUAAAUGGAAACUGUUAGGGAUUGAGCUCCCUCACACCAGCUUUAUCUACACACAAAGGUAAAAACACUAGAAAAGACAAUAAAACAACACCAAGAAUUAGAAAUGUUCAGCCUAAAUCUCCUUGGGAUGUUCUUCUAUGUACUAUGAAAAACAAUGGAGAUUACAACUUGUCACCACUUGAGACCUACAACACUUACUAAUUACAAUGCCUUAAACCCAGGCAAAACCCCACUAGUACACUUUACCCUGUACCAAAUCUAUCUCUUACCAGGACCCAAGUGUUUUCCACUCAAGUUGUCUCUCUAAAAUAAUAUCAUCUUUACAAAAGAAAUUUGUUUUGAAGUGUUACAUAAAGGUUGACUUAUGAGGAAUUACAAAUAACUUAAACUUUUAAUGUGUAUAAGGAUUAAUAAAGCUUUGAAUUUAAAUUGGAUUUUGUAAGCUGAGGUGUUUUCAGAGUGUGUACUUUCUUGAUCUUGUUCUAUAUGUUUAGUUUACAGCUACUUGUAUUUUCAAUUUUGUUAGCAAUAUUUCAACAUCUGCAUCAAAUUUUUAUUUAUAAUGAGAAACACAUUCUCAUAGCAUAUAACAUAUAACAAGUAUCAAGUUAUAUAUCUUAUAUACCUCAAACAAAGAUAGAUAAACCACACUAGCUUAUUCAUAAAAACCACAUAAAAUAGUAUUACCCUAAUGAACAAAAGAAGCCUUCCACUUGAAGAGAUCAAAAGCCUUGCGUUUUUGCUGGAUAUAUCUAUUGGCUUCAUCGUUGAUAGAACUGGCUUCAGAACCAUUUGUUUUCAUACCAGAAUUACUAGUACUUUUCCUAACAUUACUUUCAUCAGUAACACCACUAUUUGAUGAGUAGCCAAUAAUCUCAACCUUGUCCUCAAAUUGAGGGUGCUGCUGCUUCUUCUUCUGCUGCUGCUUGUUGGUGCUGUUUUUGUAGCACUCUUCUUCUCUGAUCUCUUCCGAGGUUGGUCGAGAACCGACAGCUUUCGGGGCAUGGAAGAAUCUUGGAGAAACUAAUCCAUAGCGAGGAACAUUAGUAGAGAUGUUAGUGCUUUGCAUCCUAGCCAAAUUCAAGACAUGAUCAUGGUAAUCUUGAGAUGAUGAUGAUGAUGAUGACAUGUUCUUGGAUUUGUAGUAGUUAUCAUCAUCAUCAUUAUAGCUUCUCCACAUUGCCAUAUUGUCUUCUUAAUCUUUGUAUUGAUUAAUGCUUGUUAAUUAUUAU